AAACCAACUCCAGCUUUAUGAAUUUUGGUGGUUGACCCCCCACUUGCGAGGAUAAGGACAAGGACGAGGAUCGGAUUGCGCUUCGUGACAUCCAUCUACUCCGUAACUCACCUACAGCAGCUUCAUACAGUAGCUACUCUCCCUCCUCUGCCUCGGCAAUCCAACAAGAGAAAGCCGCCCAGCAGGAAGCUGUCACUGGCGCACCGAGCACCGGGUCCACAGCCAUGGAUAUCACCAGCUUCGUCAUCUCCUCCAGGAACCAGGCCCUGCUCUAUGGCGACUACUCCACCUACCACAAGCAGCUCACCAAGAAGCUUCUCAGCUGCCGCAGGAAGUUGAACAUUGCGGUCAAGAACAGAGGAAAGUUCAGUAAGAAGGGCGACUACAAGGAGAUCACCUCGGACCAGGUUGCCGAGAACCAUGCCUACCUCCAGCUUGUUCUGCUCACCGCAGAGCGGGACUGGGCCCAUGCCAUGGAGUUGAAGGCUGUUCAUUCAGCGGACGCCAAGGGAAUCACUGGCCGAACGAGGGUGCACAUCAUCGGAAGGCUUCACAAGGCAGCUCUAAUUGCCCACCAUCUCGUCGAGUUGCUCUCCAGCAGCGGUGCCAGUGGUGCCAAUAGCAUUGACCUGCUAGAGGCCAAGGCUUAUGCUGCUCUUCUCAGCGGCUCUGAACGCUUCGAGAGACAGAGUUGGGAGCAAUGUCUCAAGAGCUAUGCCACCGCCCGUAUCAUUUACAGCGCCUUGACGUCGGUUCAGAACCCCGAUACCGUCAAGGAUUUGAUGUCCGAAACCAUCGAUCCUUCCAUACGCUAUGCCGCAUACCAACUCAAGAUCCCCCGAACUCAGGCUGUACCCACGAUUGCGAGAAAGGCAUUUCCCUCGGACCAGCCCCUGUCUGAUGAGAUCAAUAAGCUGGACCCUGCCUUGUUGAAGCAGACUGGAGUCGAUGCCCAGAGGGAACAGGCCGACGCCCCGAGCGCACGUCAGAACAUUGAAUGGAGAGGCCGGCAGGUCAAGAUCGAGGAUGCCGCCAUUGCUGUAGCCCUUGCGGCCACUGAAGUUGCGACCGCCCGGCUGGCAAAGAGACUGUCGUCCUCCGAUGUAAUCCUACCCAAGGAGAUGGCCGCUGCAUACGAUGAAGUCCUCAUCGCCAGUCAGGAUGUUGCAGACAUCACGAAGCACGCAAUCGAUGAGCUCAAGGAAGAGGGCGUCUCCCAAAACGACUCGAGGGUUCAAAGUCUGCAGAUCACUAGAACUGCUGUCAACUACGAUAUGAUUAGUUGGAGGAUUGGACGCAAUCGAGUCUUGAGUGGUGACCAUGAUGGUGCUCUGCUUGACUCGGCCCCCAACACCACCAGGAAGGCCAAAAAGGAGACUGAGAAGGAGACAAGCGCACAGAAACCGAAACAUGAAGCUCCUGGCCGACAGAUCGCCAGAUUAAAGGAGAAGGUCGUCCUUUAUGACGCAACCCUUCAGAGUCUGGACUCGAUCAAGGAAUUGCCUGGUGUCGCAGCAGAUGAAGAUCUUCAAAAGCAGCUGGAUGCAACUUACCAAUACUUCCAUGCGCUCAAGUGCCUAUCUAUAGCGCGAUCCCACUCAAUAACUGGCAGUUCUGUCAACGCCCUGGCGCUUACGAAGCAUGCCCUUGCUGAAUGCCAGCAAUCUGCUGCUUUUUUCACAAACCACAUGUCUACUUCAGAGGACGGAGCGCCCGUGACUAUCGACAUCCGCGACAGCGAUAUUCACUUUCUUUCUAACCUGCUCAAGGGUGAACUGCAACGAUGUCGAGCCCUUGUAGAGAUUGAUAAUGUGCGAGCCAAGUCGCAAUCUACAGGCACCAAGUCCAGCACUCCCCUAGUCCACAGACUGUAUGAGUACCCGGCGGAGGGCGUUGACCUGGAGAAUCUGGUAUCUUACCCUCCCAAGAUAGAGCCCAUCCCAGUUAAACCCCUUUUCUUUGACGUCGCUUGGAAUUACAUUGAUUAUCCAGGACAAGUGCAUGUUGCUGCACCGAAUCAAGAAGAGCAGAAAGCGGGGGAGUCCACUCAAAAGAAGAAGGGAUGGUUUGGUUUUGGUCGAAGUUAAGAUACCAGCUUAUGAGAGAACGACCAAGUUUAUACACUCCUGAUCUUUCGCUAUGAGUGUCUAAUAAUCAAAUCCCCAGUUCGCUUUGACAAAUUUGCUAGAAAGUCGAUAAUACAUGCGGCGAAAUCAACGUCUCGAGAACUUUUUAUUUUAUUUUAUUCUUUUGUUCUUUUUAUUAUCAAAUUAUUGGCGGGGUUUGAGCCCACAGG